GCCAUAUCUUUUGUCAUUCAGGUAUGUGCCCUUGCAUUGCGAUGUUACAAAGUUCUGUCGGAAAUACUUAACCAUGAAUGGUUCCGCUACAAAAUGGAUGAAGACAAGUAUUGCUGGAAAAUACGAAAAAUGCAGCAAUGGAAAUAUUUCAAAUGGAAAUCAUGUUUUCUAUAAAGAAAUUGUGAAUGUUAGUUCAAUACAUACUAAAGUCACGUCAACAAAAACAACGACAACAGCUAAUAUGACGUUGGACAGUGAAACCGGAGAAGAAACGGUGACGGAAUAUAGCGUGUCCAGUGUGUCCGGAAUUAGGGAGACGGUUGGAACUAAUGUUGAAGUAAACUAUAACGACAAUCAAGUUGACAAAAGUGAUAAAGCUAAUGAUUCCGAUGAUUCCGAAGAAGAAAAUAAUUCCAAAGGAUUAACAAAGUCUUUUUUAGAUGGAUUAACUAUAUGUCAGUAUAAAUUAAAGUGUAUGGCACUGGACCAAAACAAAAUGAAUCAUUCCAAAGUACAUGUAGACGAAAGUGAACCCACUGGACAUGAGGAGGUGCCAUUCGAGUCACGUGAUGUUAAAAUCCGGAAUGGCUGUUGGAUAACGGAUGAAUAUGACGUUUCUGAAAUAUUGCUUGGCAGGGGUAAAUUUGGAGAAGUAAAACAAUGCAAAGAAAGAAAGACUGGGAGAGAACUGGCUGCAAAAUUUAUAGAAGUGAACGGACCACAGGACAGGUUCGAUGUUCAAAAUGAAAUUGAGAUGAUGAAGAACCUUCAACAUCCUCGAUUGUUGCAACUGUAUGAUGUGUUCACAAAACGGAAUCACUUCUGUCUUGUACUUGAGUUGAUAUCAGGCGGUGAAUUAUUUGAACGUGUGAUAAAUGACGACUUCAUUCUCACCGAGAAAGCUUGUAUUAUGUUCAUGCGACAGAUUUGUGAAGGCAUUGACUUUAUGCAUAAUAACAGUAUUCUACAUUUAGAUUUAAAGCCUGAGAACAUCUUGUGUCUCACGAGAGAGGGAAACCGAAUUAAAAUAAUAGACUUUGGUCUUGCUAGACGUUACAAACCGGAAGAGGAUCUUAGAAUAUUGUUUGGCACCCCGGAAUUCAUGGCUCCGGAACAAGCAAACUUUGAGCCAAUCUUUCCUUCAACUGACAUGUGGAGUAUUGGAAUUAUAUGUUACAUAUUAUUGUCAGGACUCUCGCCGUUUCUCGGAGAAAGUGAGAACGAGACGAUUGGUAAUAUAACUGAGGCCAAAUGGGACUUCAAAGCUGAAGAGUUUGAAAGUAUAUCAGCAGAAGCCAAAGACUUCAUAUCAAAACUAAUCCUAAAAGAUCACACGAAGCGUAUGACAGCCACAGAAUGUCUGGAACAUAAAUGGCUGCGGCGAUCUGCUAAACGUGAACGCAUUCCUACCAGAUCUCUGUCUACCAAGCGCUUGAAAAAGUUUGUGUACAGGCGGAAGUGGCAAAAGGCGGUGAAUGCCAUGUUAGCACUCAAACGCAUGGGCGUAAAAUUAUAACCGAGAAAAAUAUGGAUAGCAGUUGAAUGGAUGUCUAAGUUUGAAAGAGAAAGAAAUGAUACUGCAAUGGUUUUGAUGAUUUAACAGACUUACGUUCGUAAGACAUAAACUAAAGGAAAUGCAGGCUUACGAUCAAAUGGUAAACUGUUUUAAGACUUGAAUGCUACUUAAAACACAGAUACAAUAAUUGUAUUCUAGUAUAUGCCAUUUUGUUGACAAAGAUGAAUGAAAGAGAUGGUCAGAUGUGCCGAUACAGUGCUCUUACUAAUGUAAGGAUGAUGGUUCCAAGUUCUCCUUCAAAACAAGUUAAAUGCAAAAAGAGGGCAUGUCUCUGAUUUUCUACUUAUAUACACAUUGGAUAUACAACUGAAAGAGUGAAAUUUUCGAAAUUAAAUCGACUUUUCCUCCGAAAGAGCUAAUAUUAGAUAAAAAAAUCUUUGUCUCAAGACUGUUAAGGCAUAUCUAUGUGUUUAAGUCUUACCAUUAAAACAACAACAACAGGAAAAGCCGCCACGAUGUUGCGUAUAUUGUUAAAAACUAUGCAUUUUAAGGUAAUAAUUCGCAUAUGAAAAUCAGGUGGAAAAUACGCUGUAUUCCUCGGGUUCCCUUCCUAUGUUACCUCUUGUAAGUGUCUUUGCUCUGAUUUUAAUUCAUAUUUCUGUAUGGGCUCAAGACAUAAAUACAACACAUUUUAUCAUGUAGCUGAAAGUCUUUAAAUGUAACUAUGAUAUCAAUAACCUUUACUGGAGUAAUGCUGCUUAGCAGCCAGUCAUUGGUAGUUGCUAGUCGUUACAUGAUAAUCACUCGAAAAAAAUCAUAAUGAUCUCCGCAUGUUUGCCUCAAACCGAAGUCCGUAUUUCCCAGCAGUAUAUUUCUUAAUGAAUAUUGUAUAUGAGCGAACUAUAUUUAGGCUCUUGCUAAAACACAUCCUGUUGAACCAUGCCAAUAUAUUGUCUGUUUUACCUAAUUUAUAAAUUAAAAACAAAUGCAUUUCUACUGUUUGUAAAGAUUAUAUUCAGGUGCUACCAUCACUAUUUUAAAUUGAAAUUGCAUGUUAUCAAGUGUUAAACCAUCUUUACCUAUCGACAUACCUUUUUUUGUGCUAAAAUCUAUGAUCCAUGCGCGCAUAUGUUUAAUAUCUUCGUUGUUGAAGGUGGUACUAUGAAUGUAAUAGAUGGUGCAUCACGUGUAACGAUAGAUGGGUGAGUUGUGCGAACGUAUCGUAUUGUAGCACUUGUUUUCCCAUAUUGUUCCAGGUUACUCAAGAUUUACCUUAUAUAUUUUGUAUGCAUUGUGAUAUAAUGUUACUUAUUUUAACUUCAAAACUAAUUAUGCAUAUACCUGUAAAUAUAACAUAUUUGUAAAUAUUGCAUUCUGUGGAUGCUGUGAACAUUGAAAUAAAACAGAUUCCUAAACAUU